AUGUCAUUACCAGCUUCAUUUGACUUAACUCCAGAGGAUGCUAAAUUGUUGUUAGCUGCCAACGUUCAUUUGGGAUCAAAGAAUGUUCAAGUAUGUUUUUCGACAACAGUUCAUACAAGAGAAUGUGGAUCGAGGCAGAUAUCUUGAGAAUGGGAGAGAGAGAGAAGAGAGGAAAGGAUAUGGAAUGACCGUACUGGGAUUACUACGAAGGACUGCUUUUUUGGACGUUUGUUUUAUUUGUGAAACGGCUAGGUUUGAAUGAUCAAGUUUUUCGUUAGUUUGGGCAGGGUGCUCCACCUCAAUGGAGGGGCUAAAGUUGAAAAAAACAAGUAUAGGAUUGGCACCAUUUUUUUCAAGACUAGCCUGGCCUCGCAUUGCCUGCCCCCUUCCUCAUCCUCCCCUCCACGGUUUCAAGAUUGCCAAAAGAUCUGUCCAAAAUUUGAAUCUAUGAAUACUAACAGUUUCCAUUUUUUUUUCUUUUAGGUCCACAACAAACCAUACGUUUACAAAACCAGACCAGAUGGUGUCAACAUUGUCAACAUUGGCAAGACUUGGGAAAAGAUUGUCUUGGCUGCCAGAAUCAUUGCUGCCAUUCCAAACCCAUCAGACGUUGCCGUGUGUUCUUCAAGAACUUUUGGUCAAAGAGCUGUUUUGAAGUUUGCUGCCCACACUGGUGCUACCGCCAUUGCUGGUAGAUUCACUCCAGGUAACUUUACCAAUUACAUCACACGUUCAUUCAAAGAACCAAGAUUGGUUAUUGUUACAGACCCAAGAACCGACGCUCAAGCCAUCAAGGAGUCGUCCUACGUCAACAUUCCAGUUAUCGCUUUAACCGACAUGGACUCCCCAUCUGAAUACGUUGAUGUUGCUAUUCCAUGUAACAACAAAGGUAAACACUCGAUUGGUUUAGUUUGGUGGUUGUUGGCUAGAGAAGUUCUCAGAUUGAGAGGUAUCAUUGCUGACAGAACCACCGAAUGGUCCGUUAUGCCAGAUUUAUACUUUUACAGAGACCCAGAAGAAAUUGAGCAAAACGCUACUGAGGAAAACAAGGGUGAAGAAGUUGAAGAGACUCAAGCUACUGAAGCCGAGACUGAAUGGACCGGUGAGACUGAAGAAGUUGACUGGGCUGAAUCCGGUGCUACCCCAGCUGCUGAAGAUGCUGCUGCUUCUAACUGGUAA